GAAGCCUCGGACAUGAGGCAUCAACGACUUUCACAAUUCUCCCGAAUUGUGCUCUUCCGCAACCUCAAUUUCAGUGAUUGCUUCCAGUUCAACUCCCACAGUCCUCAAAAUGUCUAUGUUCCGAGCCAAGAAGCUUGAUCUAGGAUGUUUUAUAAACAUCAAAGUCAUUCGUGACCAUACCAAGCGACAAGUGUUUGCUGAGCAUGAGACUGAAAGACAAGCUCUUCGCUACAUAAUCCGCAAUCUUUCACUUCCUCCUCGAGUUCGUUUCCAAGCACAACUGGAAUUGACUCAAAUGCAUUGUUAUACAAGGCCAACGCAAAUUAGGAAUAGAUGUAUCUUGGGAGGUAAAGGAAGAGGUAUUCUGAGGGAUUUCAAAAUGUCCAGGUAUAACUUCAGAAUGAAUGCGCUGUCGGGAGAUUUGCCGGGUGUUAAGAAAGCUAGUUGGUAAAGAAUGGAUAUUCUGGCCGAAUGAAUGGAAGAGACGAAGGACAUACGGACCUGCGAGUAAGCGUCAAAGAACCUGAAAGCCACGAGCCCGAUUACGAAUGUACGAUUGCAGAAGUACUCCGGCGUUUGACAUGUAACAUAUAUGGGCAUGAAGAUGAGAUUUACACUGGUACCGCACGCAACCCCAGAAAUGAUGGAGCGAAUAAAAUGGGCGAGGAAUAGAACUAUUCAAUUUGUUCUGUCUGAAAGUCGCAUAGCAAUGGGACUUCUACGCAUCUUUGAAUGGAAUCCUGUUUGCCAAAUAUUAUUAGAGUUGUGCAAAGAUCAUUUCUUGGCCAGGUUGUAGCAACUUGAAUUUCAACCUUCAUUCUCAGAAGAUGUAAAAUAUCUACACAUCUAGAGGGCGACGCUCGAUAUUUCUAAUGGGUAGUUGCCGUGAGAAUAUUUAUCGCUGCUGAUAGCAUUACUCAACUCAACCUGCAAUUUCCCCAAUUAAGCA